AUGUAUGUUGCCGUGUCUCUUUUCACGUCCAUAGAAGCCCAGUUCGCCAUGAAGAGUGUCGCACAGUGGUGCACUGGUCGCAACACUGGAGCCUCACAUUGGAUGACAGGUUGGCAGCUUGCCAAGUCCACCUUCACCAAUCCCCAGACUUCAACAUCAUCAUUUAUCGCUUCAUCAUCUCGGAUAUCCACUGACCACUCCAAGACUUCUUCUUGGAGUUCCACUGACCACUCCAAGACUCCUUCUCGGAUAUCCACUGACCACUCCAAGACUCCUUCGUCCACCACUUUACCACUGCCCAUCCCCCUCAUCUUGAAAUCUAUCGACAUUUCGAAUGAGGACGUCAAGAUGUUCGUUUCAUCGGAAACCCACCUCUAUCAGGUCAGGCUGCUUCAGCAAGCUCGUAGUAGACCCGAGGUAAUAGGGAAAAUAGUGACCCUCUCCGCUACAACAGUAGAGAACUUUAUCGCCCCACCUGCUACAAAGUUUGAACCUUGUCCUGAUGACGAAGUACGGAAACACAUCACCAAACUGCUUGCCAUCGAGGCAAAUAAUCUCACCCUACAGAUGCCCUACACAUUAAAGAGGUCCCUCCCAAUCCUUACAACCUCCAUGGCAAUAAAGAUGUGUGCCAGUCCACUGCAACCUUUUCAUCCACCUACACAUCCAUCGAAGACUCCAUCCAUCACCCCAAUUCCACAACCUGUUUCACCUGUCUCAGAUUGUAGUCCAUCGUCAGCAGCAUUCGUACAUGAUCUGAAGACACCGUCACCUUGUUCCCUUGGGUCUCCUUCACCAAUCGACUUCGAGAAUACUACCCCUUCAACCAAUGUCCCUGCAACAUCCAGCACCCACACUUCAACAACAGCUCAUCAAGUUUUUUCAUUACAGUUUGUGUCAACGUCUACAGCAGCAGUAACUACCUCAACACCUGCGGUGACACCAGUUUUCUGUAAAACUGCUGUCGUGACCACUUCUAUUGUCCAUCAAGCAUCUCCGUUGUUUUAUGAACCACCUCAAGACUGCAGUUCUUCAUUGCUCUAUGUCCCAACGUCGUGUGCAACACCAAAUUACGAACCUAUAACAACUAUGACAUCCUUCAGGCCCGUACGACCAAAGUCUGCAUCGCACCACCAACUGUUCAUGCAUCUUCUUCCGCCCCCGUCUACAUCCCCACUCCUAAAAACAAUGACCUACAACAACUGGCUCGAAACCUUUUGUCUACCGGAAAUAUGCCAGUCCUCCCUCCAGCACCCAGAGAAUGGAGUCUAG